AUCCUCAUAGUCACCAUUGCAAGUCUAGUUCAUGCCUGAUUGUUUUUACUGUGUUCAGGGAGCAUUGGGCAGCAGUCAUAAUAUCCUUAUGUUGAAGGCCAGCACAAAUCAUCAUGAUGCACAUGAUUCAGGUGGGUUCCAGUCAUCCAUCCUUUCUGACAUCUUGUAUAUGAAUGAAGAAAGGUCCAAACUUUUAAAUGAUGAGUAGUGUGCGUCAGUACAUCCAACCUACGAAAAAAUAUAAUAAAUUAUAAAUAUGUCAAAUUUAUCCUGAACACCCUGUAUAUAUAUAUAAGGGAAAGAGAUCACUAAAAUGAUUUAAAACAUUUUAAAUUUCAAUAAUAUCUUUAUUUUUUUAUUUUUGUUUUAAAUUUGACUUGUUUAUUUCAAUGCUGAAUCGAAAAGAAUUCUUUUACUUUAAUGCGGUUUUUUGGUACUGAAAAGAAUUAUAUUUUUUAUCAGAUUGUUAUAUGUAAGUCACUUGCAAAAUUUAAAAGAAGAUUUUAAUGUUGCUUUCAAGUCACUGAAAAUUUCAGUGUGCCAGCAUGACUCAUAGAAUGGCUGAAUUGGAUAGAUCUGAUCUUGGUAUUAUGAUGCACUGAAGGAGGAUAUUCAGGCACAAGUCUUAUUAUAUGUAUACUAAGGUUUUUGAAAUUUAAAAGCUAUCCAAGAAAAAUGCGUUUACAAAUGUUACCAUCAAAGGCUCUUGAAGGAAGUUGAGAGUCAUUUUAAAAAUGUUUGAUAUCUAAAAAGAUAAUUGAGUGAAUUUCUGAAUUUUAAAGAUAUUACACUUGUCUUAAAUAUUUUAAAUAUAAAGCUAUAAAAUAAAUUUAUUACAUUACUAAGAGAAAAAUUCAUUGCAACUAAAAAGAUAAAUAAAAUGAAAAUAACACUGUUAAAAUAAUUGAGAUUGUCUUUAUUUGCAAUUCAAAGCCAAAUUUGGUACUUGUAUACUAUUGUAACCAUCUCAGUAGAAGUAACCAAAUUUUCAGAAAGUGUCAAACUACUGUGCACAUAACCAUUCUUUCAACAACCAUGCUGAUUACAAUCUUUUCAACCAAACAACCUCACUAUUUUUGUAUGCAUUCUAUUUUGUUGUAUUCCAAGUUUCAACAGUUUUUAUUCACAAAUCAUGAUACUUUUUUGCCUUAAACUUAGUUUUAAAAUAUGAGCUUGUGGAAUUCACCUGCAAUGGAAGAAGCUGCGGUAAAAUUUUGGCAGUAAUACAGUGUAUAGUCACAGUUUAUUAAUAUUUAAAUGGAGAAGCUGAAUGGUAGACUAAUUUAAUGUAUACCUUUUGCUUAGGAAAAGGAAAGGAUCUGCGAAAACAUGGUAUCGAUGUUUUUGUUGUGGUACGACGUCUUGGAAACAUCCAGGAAGAAGGUUUUUCCGGUUUCCUAAGGAUCCUGUUAGGUCAAAACAGUGGGCUGCUGCCUGCAAUAGAGAUCUACAUAACAAAUCUCCAGAAGAAUUAUACAGAACAGGAAGAGUGUGCUCUAAACAUUUCAUUCCAAGUGACUUCUGCUCGACAAAAAUGCGUUACUUACAUUCCUGUGCAAUACCAAAGAAAUUAGGGCACACAGAUGAAGAAAUUUCAAAAAAUAUGAAAGUUGAUAUUGAACAGAUAUCACUUAUGUUAAAAAAAAAACUGGAUGAGGCCACAACUGUUGAGAUGUCAUCUGUGAAGAGUGAAAAUACAUGUCAAGAGAAUGAAGGAAUAAAAACACCAAUGAAGUUGGCAUAUGUGAAGAGAGAAGCUACAUCUCAAGAGAAUGAAGUAACAAAAAUGCCAGUGGAACUGGCGUCUGUGAAGACUGAAGGUGCAUGUCAAGAGAAUGAAGUAAUAAAAGCACCAAUGGAACUGACAUCUGUGAAGAGUGAAAAUACAUGGCAAGACACUGAAGUAAUAGGAAUAUGUAUGGAGCUGGUAUUUGUGAAGAGUGAAGAUACAUGUCAAGAGAAUGAAGUAGUAGAAACAGCAGUAAAGCUGGCAUCUGUGAAGCGUGAAGACACAUGUCAAGAGAAUGAAGUAAUAAAAACGCCAGUGGAACUGGUAUCUGUGAAGAUUGAAGAUACAUGUCAAGAAAAUCAAGUAAUAAAAACACCAAUGGAACUGGCAUCUAUGAACAAUGAAGAGAGGCCUAGAGAAUGAAGUAAUCGAAGCAUCCAUGAAGCUGGUAUUUAUGAAAAGGGAAGAUACAUGUCAAGAGAAUGAAGUAGUAGAAACAUCAGUGAAGCUGGCAUCUGUGAAGAGUGAAGAUACAUGUCAAGAGAAUGAAGUAAUUGAAACUGCAGUGGAGCUGGCAUCUAGAAUGAAGUAAUAGAAACACUAGUCUGGCAUUUAAAAUUAAGUAAUAUAAAUACCAAAGGAGUUGGCAUCCAUUAAGAGUGAACAUACAGUGGCUCACAAAAAUGAUCGUAUACUUUGAAUUUUUACAUUCUUUAAUGAACAUAAAAAUUAAAAUAAAUUAAAACAAAAAGAAAGGUUUUUAUUUGAUUAUAUAUUAAUUCAACAUUUUUUUUAUAGUAAAUACUUUUCGAAAAUAUACAAAUUAAAUUCAAAAAUCAGUAUCAUUUGUUUAAUGAGGAAAAAUAUUCUCACAAAUAAUAAUAAGUGGACACUUUUAGUAACAGCCCAAAAUGACAAAAACUUGCAUUGUUUUUGCUUUUUAAUAUCUUGCUUUUUAUUAUCCUUUACACUUGAUCACUUCCUUUAAUCUUUUGGGCAUUGACUUUUUUUUUUUUUUUUUUAAAUUUCUGAAUUUAUUUAGUGCUACUUCUCUUAAACCACUGCUUUCAGUUGCUGCUGCGAAGAUAUGCUCUGUUCUCAAAUUUUUCAUUGUAGUUCCUGCCAAAUACGUUCAAUAGGAUUAAGAUCUGGUGAUUGGGGUGGUGCAUUAAUUACUUCUGGGCACUUAUACAACAGCCUGAGUCUAACAUUGUGUGUAGUAUGCUUUGGAUCAUUUUCUGGUAAAGUUUAAAACUUUUUUGCAUAUUAAGUUUUUGUGCUAAUGAUGCCAAUUCCGCUUCUAGAUGUCAAGGUACUUAUACUGAUCCAUAAUUCAUGUAUAAACUCUGGAAAUAUUUCCAACACUGGAAUAUGCCAUAGAUCCCCAUGCCAUAACUUCCCUUCAACUGUAUUAACACUUGGUACAAAAUUUUGCUUCCGAAAUUUCUCUUUGAGCUUCUCCACACCAGCACUCGUCCAUUUUAGGCGAAGAUAUUGAAUUUGCUUUCAUCAGCGAACAACACUUUUUCCCUGUAGUCGGAUGUCUUGUGUUGCACCAAUUUUGCGAGAGCGAGUCUAAGUUUUUGUUUUUUUACUGACAAAGAUUUCUUGCUACUCGCCCAUGAUAUCCUGCAGAUCGCAUUACUUUUCUUAUAUUCCAUGUAAUUCAUGAAGUUUUGCAAUAAGUUUAGGAGCAUUCUUGGAUUCUUUUUAAUAUUCCUUAGAAUAAAGCAUUUUAUUCCAUCAGAUAAUUUAGAUGGUCUUCCAGGUCUUCUUUUUUUUUAAAAAAAGAUUCUGUUUAUUAUAAGGCUUAAUAAUACCAAAAAUUGUAGAGUUACUUAAUUUUAAAUAGGCAAUUUUCUAAUAUGUUUCUCUUUCUUUUGAUGCAAAUCUAAAACUACUCUGCAGAUUUCUAACAGUGUUUCUGUGACCUAGCCAUUGCAAGAAAACAUUAAAAUAACAAAUAUUUUCUAAAAAGAGAAUGUGAAUUAGAAAUGCAAGUGAUUUUUAGAUUUUUGUCUAGCCUUUUUUAUCCAAACUAAUUCCAUAAAAUUUCAUUUUUUCUUUAUUGCAGAGGAUUUUAAUUAGAAAUUAUGAAAAUAUCUGAAUAAUUUUGUGGUAUCAUUUUUUUUUUUUUUUCCCAUUUCAGCCUAAAACAUUUUU